ACUGUCGGCUUGUAUCAGCUUGGGUGCGAAGCGAGAGAGCCUUCAUCCAGGGGUACCCGUUCCAAAAGCUUUAAAAGAAACAAACAAACAAAGCGUCGAUAAUUCAUUCUACAAAUGGAUUCAUCCACACCGAGAGUCUCAUCUGCCUUCGCGAUAAACUCGAAUUCCAACAGAAAGCCGAGCUCGACGUCCGAGUCAACACCUUCCCUUCCGCGCUCAAAAGAUGGAAAUUGUGCCACGGUAAAGAUAGGCUUCUUUGAACUUCCGCUGUUCUGGGCGAACGUAGUUUUCGCACUUAUCACAGUCCUUUCUAUGGUUGGCCAGAACGUUUCACUUCCCCUAUGGAUCGAUUCUACAAAAGGUAACAGCCCGGGGCACACGGUGGACAGCUACUUUGUAUUACUAUUUACAAAUGUGGUAUUUCUCGUGAUUUUUGGACUUGCAGUUCUUUACAUUCGAAUAUGUACACCAAACGCUCUCAGGAAAAUAAAAGUUCCCCGCAUGCUGUUGUUUUUGGUGGGUUUAUUUGACUCUUUGAGCGAUGGAAUGAUUUCAUUUGCGAGUAAAGGUUCCCGCACUCCACCAUACCAACAAAACAUCCUUGGAAACUUCAUCAUUCCCUUGACUAUCUUUUUCAGGAUCCUCAUUGUGCGCAAGAAACCGUCUAGACAAAAACUCUUGUCUGGUCUUGUGGUAAUGAUUGGUCUUUUCAUUAGCCUCAUCCCAACAGUUUUGUUGGAUUUCAGCAACAGAGAUCAAGACGAAGUUGAUGGCAUUUCAAGAGUGAUGUGGCCUAUUAUGUUCAUGUUUGGAUUUAUUCCGGCAGCGCUAAUGUUUAUUCUCGAAGAAAAAGGAUUGCAAAAGGAAAAUGAAACAUCGGAAGAGAGGAUUGGCGUCAUUUAUUUUUUAUUUUGGACGACCACGUAUCAAGUAUUUUGUAUCUCUGUUUUCCUAAUCUGGUUAAACAUUUUGCCAUGGUAUGGAAAUGUUACAUAUUUGGCAGAGUGUACCGGAAACCUUUGGUUUGGAUUGCGAUGUUUCUUCGGUGCAGCCGGCUGCGAUUAUUCAUCAGGUAUCAGAGGAACAAUGUACAUCGUGAUGCAUCUGCUAAAUCACAUUGCAGCAGCUUGCUUAUUAAGAUAUGCUGAAGGAGCCACGUGGCUGGCGAUUGUGUCGUCUCUGGUAACUCCCCUUGGCUUUCUCUUCUGGACAUUGUUCGAGGAGGUCCCGUUCAAAUGGCAGCCUCGAUGUAACAACAGCACCUGGUUUAGUAUUGUCGCGCUGGCGAUCAUUGUUCCCGCCAUUUUUGUAUACCAUAAUGGAGCUCCAGAGAUUUCUACUGAUGGAAAAGAGCGAAGAGACUUUGAGGUGUCGCAUCGAUGUCGCUUUUACCGUACUGAACCUCUACCUGAUGCAGCUCGUCCUCUUUUGUCUGAAACCAACAAUUUGGGAAAUUAUAGCGUUUAAGAAGGGUGAAAUUUCAACAAUAACUAGAUAGUUAAAGUACCCAAAGCUACUAAAAUGUUUCUUUUAGUAUUUGGCAACUUCUACAUUUCGCCUUUUCUCAUUUAUAAUCAUUCCGUGACAAAGUCUUAUAAAUUUUGGAAUUGUUAUUUGUCAAGGACUAAAACAACCGUUUUUAAUGAUUUGGUUCUGACUUUUCGAAUUAGAGAUCUUUGAUCAAACUGGAACAAUUCUUUCCACUAAUUAUUUUGGAAUCGUGCAAUAAGUUGUUUUGUAAAAAAAACAAGAAAGAUGGUGAGUUUUGAGUUCGUUAAAGAAAUAGAGAAAGAUGUCUAA